AUGGACGGAGUACCGAAUAUGAGCGUGUUAUUGAAGGGGAAGCUGCAAUUGCUUACGAAGAAGUCCAUUCCUGCCGAUGAAGGAGCUCCUGGCUUGGUUAGGGAGGACGUUGGGGCGGAGCCGUCUGCCUCGGGUCCCAAAAAGAAGAAGAAGAGCAAGAAAUCUAGGAGGAAAGCAACCGAAGAGCUUCCUCUUGAAGAGAUCGCUUCUCUCGAUGAAACCUCUGAGGGUUUGGAAGCGAGGAAGAAAAAGGGGGAAUACGAAGGGGCUACUUCCUCUGCUGAUCACGGAGAGGCGCCGGCAGUAGGGCGAGAAGGCGCUGCAGAGGGUCCCUUCGAAUCAAACCAUUCAGUAGCAGCGCCUGAAGAUCGUCUCAGAAAGAAGAAGAAGAAGAGAUCUAUCGAGGCGGAGCCGCGUCGUUCUGGUGCGGAGGCGGGCCUGGUCGAAGUUGUCGCGGGAGGUGGCGUUUCUCUCGAAACCCCUCCCGAGGGAAGGAAGGUCUCAGCACGGGGAAGUGAUCCUGUUGCGAGUGAGAGGUCUGUUCCUGAUCCGUCCGCGAGGAAAGGGUCUCGUUCAGAAGGUUCUACUGUGCACGGAGUUGACGCGCCAAAUUCGUUGUGGGACGAAGGAGUUGCCACAAUUGGACGACCUCUACUUAAAGAACGAAGUGACGGGAGUAUGAACUUCCUCGUUGAGAAGUACGACAACACUCUGAAACAGACGAUGAUCCAGUUGGGAUCUUCGGAGAAGCUUGCCCAAGCGAGGUUGAAGGCCAUCGAGAGAGUAAGGGCGGAGGGCAAGCUCAAAUCUGCCAGAGCAACAAGGAAAGAGCUUGUCCGAGAGAACAAUCGUUUGGAGCAAGCGGCCGCGAACUUGGAGAAGGAGAAGACCGAGCUAGUCGAAGAAAGGGACACCGCGGUAGUCAAACUGAUCAGAGAGAGGCAACGCUUGAGGGACUCCCGGGGUUUGGAGGUUACUCGUGAGAGGGAAAGAGUCGAAGCUGCUAUGGUUGAGAAGGCGAGUCGCCGUUUUGAUCGCGUGCGCGACCAUUUUACUCGUCUGGAAGCUUUUGAGAAGACGAAGAACCUGUAUGCUCAAGCUUCGGGAACGAAGAAGUGCCUCGAGGUUAUAAAGGCAGGUGGGACGGAGAUUCCCCAGGAAAUGAUCGAUGUCUUCGCUGAGCAGGAGAAACUGUACGAGGCGGGGGUUUCAAAACUCCGAGUAGGGCCGCUGUCUGAUAGCGACCUCACUCUUUCUCCGCUGGGACGGUUUCUCAGCUCAUCACCUCGCUCAAAAUUACCGAGGAGCGAUCGGAGGAACCAUAUGGUCGAUGUCACAUCGGUCCCGGCCGAGCACGUCGGGGUCCCGGAGGGAGGUGGCCCUGGUGAACGUCCAGAGAACGAGAACCUGGAGGAGGUCCCCGGGAAGGACAACCCUGAGAUGGGCAACACUCCGGUUCAAGAGGAAGAGACCGGGAACGUGGGCAUCGAGGAUCCUGUCCUUGUCUCGGAUUCUUCUUCUGAAGGACGGGAAGGCGAAGAGGAGGAAGACGAUAGAGUCGAGGAGACGUCGUCGCUGCAGCCCGUCGAGGAAGAGAAGCCUGAUGAAGUCGGGAAUAGAGAUGUUCCUCCGCCUCUUGCUGUGGACUCUCUUGUCUCUAUUUCUGCUCAGGUGGAAGACCCGACUGUUGCAGCUACCGAAGACCCAGUCGGUCCUUCUGCUCUUGGGGCGCCAGAGGAGGUCGGUCAAGAUUCUGCACCUUGA